AUGGCUUUAGUUGCCUACGAUAAUAGUGAUUCAAGUGAUUAUGAGGAAGAUGACAAUGAAACCAAAUCUACUGUAAUCGUAAAGGAAGAAGAUCUAACUAACCCUGUAGUGCCAAACGAAUUUAUUGAACCGCAGGAAAACCAGAGACUUUUUAACCAACUACCACUGCCUUCUACUAAGAAAAAAGCUGUUAUUGAAGAAGAUGAUGAAUUUCUUCACAAAAAAGAACCUGUAGCCGAUAUAAAGCCCAAGUCUAAAAUAACUAUACCUUCAUUAAGUGAUUUUAAAGAUAUGGAGCAAACAGUACCCAAUUCAAAGAUCAAAGUACUAAAUGGGAAAAAAUCUGGACUUUUGAGUAUAUUACCUCAACCAAAAAAUGCUGUCAAGAGCACACUCAAAUCUCUUGUCCCAAAUGCCGUUGCACAAAAACAAGCCACAGUAAAAAGGAAAGAACCAAUACCAUCUCCAGCAAAAAUAAUUAAAGAUAACACAAAGAGCUUACUAGUUACAGAAUAUUCAGAUGAAAGUGAUGACGAGAUUCAAAACGACUUCUUUUCUUUCAAUAAACCUGUUGAACUACCAGAAGAUAUACCAUUAGAAGCGGAAGAGAAAGUUAUAGCAAAUGCUAAGCCAGAACCAAGAAGUAUAGAUUCUUAUUUCAAAAAAGAUGCUGAUGUAGAAUUGCAAGAAAAUCAUUUAGCAGCAAAUGUUUCAGAACAUAAUGAUAUUAGCUUAGAAGAAACACAUAAUACUCCAGAACCGUCUAAUGAUGUACUUGAUGAAGAAGCAAUUCUAAAACUAUGUGGUGCCAGAGGAAAGCGCAAGAGAGAAGAGAUACAGAUAGUUGAUGUGAAUCAGCAAGAAGUAUUAAAUGAUGCAAGGGAAUGGCUUCUCAAAGGUCUCAUGGAUGAUACCACUAAACGUCAAUCAGCUAGCAAAAAGAAAGGCAAUGAGCCUACCACACAACAAAAGAGGAAACACCAAAUUACAUAUUUGGCUCAUCAAGCUAAAGCGAAUGAGGCAGAAUUACAAAACCAGUGGGCCAAUAAUAGGAUGACUAAAAGACAAACCCAAUCAAAAUAUGGGUUU